GGCCGCAGAGGCGCUAGAGUCGGCCGCGGGACGGGGUUAGGUGGCCUAGUGGGGGCUCGAAGCGGGCCCGUCCGGGACAGCGGCGUGGCGUCCUGCAGGCCGGGCGUUUCCGGCGGCGCGACGGUCGUUGCGCCCUCACCUCAGGAGGCUUGCUUCCCUGCGGGCCUGGCUUCCCCGCCGCGGUGGUCGGAGCGCCACCCCGCGCCGGCUUUACAGCGUUUCGCGUCCUGCAGGCGCGUCCGCCCCUUGCCUCACACCACAGCCAGCGUGGCUGCAGCCGCCUGCGCCGCCUCAGCCUCUCCCGAAGCUGCCCUGACUCUCGGUUUCCUUAUCCCACUCCUGGCUUCUAACUCUGGCUAAUUAUGUAAGGGACGGCGCAUUCGGCGGACUUCCGAGGCCAAACACAUUUCGAUGAGGCCGUUGAGGACUUUUCCCAGGGCGGUGGUUGGGAGUGAGGCUGGCAUAGUGCUGUCACCUGGGGUGGGAGAGGCUCCGGCGAGGAGAAAAGUGCUGUCAGCUGGGGUGGGAGAGGCGGCGGGGCCACGAGGAGAGCUCGGGGGGCAGGCCCUCCGCCCCAUUCCGUUCCAUGUGCCCGAGGCUGCCCACCCAGAACAGCCCUUGAUUCCCUUUUGCUGAUGCUUGACUCGUCCGCAGCCCCCUUUUCUGCAGGUUGCCUAAAGUUGGAACCUCUUGCCUUUUGGUGUUUUUUUCCCCCUGGGCACACGAAUGAAAAGGGGUACUCAAAAGUAUUGUUCUCCUUUUUCAGAGGACCUUUGUAAUUAUGCCUUCAUUCAGUGAGGGUUAGUCUUUGAGGACGAUCGGAACUCUGGGUGCCAAGACAACGUUUGCGUAGUACCUACUCAACAUAGAAGUGUGGAGUGUCUUGGCUGAAUCCUCAUGCAGACAAGAUCAUUAUGGUCCUAGUAGGUAGGACAAGUAUCCUGAUAGAAGCUUAUCUUGAAAAAUCAGAAGACCUGGAAGUACUGGACCUGUCUUUCAUUGUGGCAGCAAUUUGUGGCAGCAGCAAGCAGCUGCCAGCGUAGGUUGAAAAAAUGGCACAUUAGUUGAAGGAAACAAGGGAAUGUCCAGAAGAAGAAGAAGAAAAUAUUGUUAUUUAGACUGAUAUACAUGUCCAGUCUGUUUGCUGUAAAAGAAAAAUCAGCCAAAGAGAGUGAUUUAAGAUCCACUGCAGGUGUAUGAACAGCAUUGCUUCUGCAACAAAAGCCUAGACUCACCACAUCUUGGGAGGAGAAUGGCCACUGCAUGGGGGGCAGCCUUUCUCAUGCUGGUGACAUCCUGUGUUUGCAGCACUGUCUUCCACAGAGACCAGCGGACUUGGUUUGAGGGUGUCUUCCUGUCUUCCAUGUGCCCCAUCAAUGUCAGUGCUAGCACAUUGUAUGGAAUUAUGUUUGAUGCAGGGAGCACUGGAACACGAAUUCAUGUUUAUACCUUUGUGCAGAAAAUACCAGGUCAGCUUCCGAUUCUGGAAGGGGAAAUUUUUGAUUCUGUGAAGCCAGGACUUUCUGCUUUUGUAGAUCAACCUAAGCAGGGUGCUGAGACUGUUCAAGAACUCUUAGAGGUGGCCAAAGAUUCCAUCCCCCGAAGUCACUGGAAAAGAACCCCAGUGGUCCUGAAGGCAACAGCAGGACUGCGCUUACUGCCAGAACAGAAAGCCCAGGCUCUGCUCUUUGAGGUAAGAGAAAUCUUCAAGAAGUCACCUUUCCUGGUACCAAAUGACAGUGUUAGCAUCAUGGAUGGAUCUUAUGAAGGUAUAUUAGCUUGGGUUACUGUGAAUUUUCUGACAGGUCAGCUGCAUGGCCGGAGCCGGGAAACUGUGGGGACCCUGGACCUCGGGGGGGCCUCCACCCAAAUCACAUUCCUACCCCAGUUUAAGAAGACCCUGGAACAAACCCCUAGGGGCUACCUCACUUCAUUUGAGAUGUUUAACAGCACUUAUAAGCUCUAUACACAUAGUUACUUGGGAUUUGGAUUAAAAGCUGCAAGACUAGCAACCCUGGGAGCCCUGGAAACAGAAGGGAUUGAUGGACACACUUUCCGAAGUGCCUGUCUACCAAGAUGGUUGGAAGCAGAGUGGAUCUUUGGGGGCGUGAAAUACCAUUAUGGUGGCAACAAAGAAGGGGAAAUGGGCUUUGAGCCCUGCUACACUGAAGUGCUGAGGGUGGUCCAAGGAAAACUUCACCAGCCAGAUGAGGUCCAGAGAAGUUCCUUCUAUGCUUUCUCUUACUAUUAUGAUCGUGCUGUUGACACAGACAUGAUUGAUUAUGAAACAGGGGGUGUUUUAAAAGUUGAAGAUUUUGAAAGAAAAGCAAGGGAAGUGUGUGAUAACUUGGAAAACUUCGCCUCAGGCAGUCCUUUCCUAUGCAUGGAUCUCAGUUACAUCACAGCCUUGUUAAAGGAUGGCUUUGGCUUUGCAGACAGUACUGUCUUACAGCUCUCAAAGAAAGUGAACAACAUAGAGACAGGCUGGGCCUUGGGGGCCACCUUUCACCUGCUGCAGUCUCUGGGGAUCUCCCACUGAGGCCAGGCCCUUCUUCUGAGGAUUGCAUUUGCCAACAACCUUUUUAAAGGUAGAAGGAGAGAGGACUCAGUCAUGUUCUGAGCUAGUCUGAGGAUAGCCUGGACUGAAGCCCAGCAGCUCAAUUCAUCAGAAGGAAGGAGCUUUUGGAGACAGGUCUUGCCCUUGAGUCUGGAGAUUUGGGUCUAAUUAAUUCUGUAUAUCUAAUGUGAACUUUUGACCUUACCACUCUGCUUGCACAGCUGGCACCAGAGUCUAAAUCUUUGAGAUUCUUUGUGUGUCACAGCCAAAAGGAAAAGCUUUGAAAUUAACCUUGGAGAGCCCAGGGACAGGUCCCUGGGAACCAAAGAAAAUUCUCAUUUCAGCCCUUUGAGUGCCUCAUUCCUUUGAACAUAUUAAUUUUCCUCUUAACACGCUACACUAAGCCCACUGAUUGCAAUCCCAUGACCUAUCAACACCAGUAAUUUUUCCUCCUCCCUACACAUUGCCACGUCCCACCCUCUUUCCACUCACCUCCCCUAAAAACAAAAACAAAAACUGGUUUAUGCUUUUCAUGUGUAACUCCAAGGGAGAGAAAAGGUAACAUAUCUGAAAUUGUGUGAUCCUGCUUUGUGCCAGUUCUUGGCGAGAUAGAGAGAAACUCCUCACUGUGCAGACCCCAGCCUAAAAAAGGAGUCUAUUUGAUCUCUAGGGACAAGGUUUGGGAGAGUGUGGCUCCCUUGAAUAGACCUUCUCUUAAUCAGGCAAUUCUGGGAUUAAUUAACAUACCCAACUUUAUAGGAAUGUAUGUGUAUUCAGUGCCAGUUCCUCCUCCCAGGAAAAUGUGUUUAUAGUUAAUUUCUCAUCCUAAAUGAGUUUUCUUUGUAUUUCUAAGAAAUUCAUCUACUCUGGCUUUUGGUCUGUGCUCAGAUGCCUUUGGCUGUGCUGUGCAAGGGUCUCUAGAUUUGGGUCACAGCUCCUUGCAGUUUGCCCUUUUAUUCUCUCCGUUUAUAGUCUUAUCUCUUAAUGCUCUGACCCUGAUAAUUUUAGCUAACUUCCUCUAAAUUAUUUUUUAGUUCCAGGGUUUCUGGUACCUUUCUUGAUGGUACCUAAUAUUUGAUUUGGUUGGCCAUUUUGGCCCACAUCAUUACAGUGGAUUCUCUUUUUGUUUGAGUGUUGAGAGCUCUUGAUUUUGUGAAUUAUUUCCCCUAAAAUUAAUUAUCUUUUUUUGUGUGUGUGUAGUGGUGGCGGGGUGGGGGUUGUUUUUUGUUUUUUUUUUUACAGGAUCAUCAUCUGCUUUUUAUCUACCCACUCAAGUGCUCUUAGACUUCAAAGAUCUUUGAAUAGUCUGGCUCCUUUACCUUAGCUCUUUGCCUCCAGCUUCUUUCUAACAAAGUUUGCACGUCCCCAAACUUGUAGUCUUCAAAGUAGACUCUUUCAGCUCUUUCAAACAAGUGUUAAAUAUACCUGGCCCUCACACUAGUUCCUGAGGAAACUUAUUUCUUAGUCAUUCCAUUGAGUCAAUAAAUAUUUAACAUCUGAUAUGUGCAAGUAGGCAAAUUUCUAUAUCCUCAUCCCUCAAAUUUUGUUUUUUAAUUCAAUGUGGAAUUUCUUCAGAUACUUCUUUUAUUAUACUGAGGUCACUUUUAUACCUACUGUCUUCCUCAAAAGAUGCUACAUAAUUAAAUAGAAUCUUUAGAAAGUUGAAAACUACCAAAGAUAAAACCGAGUCUUCUGCCCAUUGCAGAAUUCCCUGAACAUUUCCAGUUGGUUAUCAUUCAUCUUCUGUUUAGGCAUGUGUUUGGAUAGCUUAUUCCAUUUUUGGACUUUGCUGAUGUUAAAAGAAAAUCUCUUUUAUAUUGAGCUGAAAUUACCUAUCUUCUCAGUGGUCUUAGAUCUGCUCUGAUCUCUCCUUCCACAGCCUUUCAAUCUUUGGAGAAAACUUCCAAGUCCUUUAUGGUAUCUUCUUUAACAUACCAUAUGGCUUUUUUUCAAAACAAAACAAAACAAAACAAAACAAAACAGGGUGCUGGAACCAGUCAUCAUACACUAAAUGUUGUUCCAUAUAAUUAGGGAGAGAGACUGUUUCCUCUAGUAGAAACCAAGUUUUCCCAAGAGGUAAGCUGUGUUCACUAGACUCAUCCAGCUUGAUGGGUCUGGAGAGGUAAGAUUCCAUGGUCUUUAGCACCACAGCUUGUCUGUGAGGCUUAUAAAUAGGAGCCAAGUAUUGUUCACCCAACUCCUUUGGUCAUCCCAGAUACCUUCAGAAAUCUGUAGGUAGAAAUCAGUAGAUGCAGUAGUAUUCCAGAAGUGUAUCUACAUAUAUUCUGAUUCCCUUGAUGAGAACAUCUGGACAAUUAAUUUAUCCAGUUUAGGAGCAACUUGGAAUAAGAAUUUUUAUUUCUUAGAAAAAAAUUUUCUAUAAUGUCCUUUCUGCCCCUUAGUGUACCUUUUGGGCCUCUUAUUGAGGGGUCAUAUAGAGUCUAAUGUUGCUGGUUAAGUUUCCUUUCUCUAAAUGUGUAAGAUUUCAAACACUAAGGACAUGGCCUGGCACAUAAUGAAUGUUGUGUUGUUACAUCAUCAUCAUAUGAAGAACAUCUUCUGUGGGUCGUGGAGGUUUGCAAGAUGUGCCUUAAAAUUCUUCCUGUCCUGCCUGAUUUGGUUGGUGUAUUUUUGGAGUCCACGUUCUCCUUACCUGGGCUACCUUUCCAUUUUUGUGAAAGAUGAUUUUUCUUCCCUAUGGUGACCUUUCUGGACUCUGCUAGUACUCACACAGCUUUUCACAGUAACUGCCCUAUUCCAUUCUGGCCAUAUUUUUCCUGAGAUUACAGGAAGUUUCAUGACUGUCACUUUCUUUAGUAUCUUUACAAAUUUUCUGCAUUCGCCUGUAAAGCUCCCCCUGUGGUAACAAGUUUCUCAUCCCUUCAAAAAUUAUUCCCAAGAAUAGCUUAGUUUGGUUCAAAAGCAGACGGUUUCUUCUCAUUUCAUCUUCAAAUCGGACUUUUGGGCAAGAUAUUUUUUACAGUGUACAAAUACAAUGGAUGCACAAAUCUAUAAAAGGAUUCUCUGGGACCAUGAAGUGAGCUUUUCGAAAACCCAGAGCAAGACACCCUUUCUCCCACAGGUCAGCCACUAGUCUACAACCAAACAUGUAUGUGAUUCUGCUGCUAAUCGACUUUCCCCUUUGACCUGGUUCCUGAGGUCUUCAAACCUGUGCAAUUGUUUAUUGUUUUAUUACUGAACAGACAAUGGUGUCCCAGAGAGGAACCAUGAAUAAAAUUGAAUUCUGGUGCUGUGAUAAGGAAGUAAUUAACAUUAAGAAGAUUUUUUUUUUCGGGAAGUCCAGUGUGCACCUUUAACCAAGGUUAAAGCAAUUUAUGUUUAAUUUGCAUUGUUAGGGAUUUUGAAACAGCAGUUGUAACAAAAAUGCAUGAAUUGGGUAUUUUUAAUUUUUAUCUUCAUCAGAGCACAAUUGUGUAAAUUUAUGACCAGCAUUAAAAAGAAUUACAUAAAUCUUUAUUA